UGAGAACCUUUGCAAAUAGCAAGUGGUAUUAAAAAAUUUUAAGCAAAUCACAAAAAAUAUUUCGAACAUAAUCUCGGCUUUAUUCUUAAUCGUAUUGGGGAUUGUGGCAAAUGGAGAGAUCCAAAAUGUAGAACCAUACGACUAUAGGUCUAAUAACAAUUCAUCCCUUCACACUGAAGACUACAUCAAUAUGAAUAGACAACAAUAUGCUAAAGUUAUCGAGGGAUAUAAUACAGAAAUGGCUAUUUUCAAACAAUCGUAUACAGCAAGUCUUGAUACCAUUAACAUACGACAGGACAUGUUAGUCGAUACGCUUGCUCAAACUGAUGCAGAAUUAAAUCCCUUGGAAAUACUUAGCAAUUUAAGUCAGAAAUGUGUUGCCAAAUAUCGCCCCUCAAUACCAACCGUAACUGCUACCAAAACAAAAAUUAAUUAUUGUAUUUCAACUGCCUCCCAACAACUUAGUAGUGUGCUUAAUACGCCCCUUAGCACUAGAACUUCAACCGAAAGCUAUUUAAAGAAUACUUUUGAAAGGGAUAUUAAUCUCUGCAAGAGAACAUAUUCUACAUUACCUUUAAAUUACACCAUGUGUGCUAUACAAACUGUUGACGCUGCCAACAUUUAUAUAUUCAACAGUCAAAAAAAUUUUGCCAAUCAAAUGACUGUAGCCGAAUGCUCGUCUAAAGCUAAUAUCAAGAAUGCUUUGGAUUGUAGUUAUUCAGUUGAAAAGGAGGCUAUUUCUGCAGUUGCUGAAGCCAAAACUUUAAUUAACAAGUGUCUGGCCGCACAAGAUGACUGUAAACCAUGUAACCAAGUUUUCACAUGCUCCGAAGUACAUUAUAUGAAACUUUCUGAAGUCAGUUAUAGCAGUAGAACUAUGUAUAAUCCAUUCUAUGGUCGUUAUGAUAUUAAAAAUUGCUUAAUGUUGCAAAUACAAUAGAAAAUUGAUACUAUUUGUUAAAUAAAUUUUUAUAACGAAA